AACAAAACCUAGCUCUACCCACAGAUACGCGCGCACAACUAUGUGCAAAUGACGCCGAAGAGAGCUGUGCAUUGCGGUCGGAUCAAAUGAUGGCUAGCCAUUUCUACGGCAUGUUCCGGCAAGACGACCCAGCGCCGGCGCCGGCGUGGUGGUUCCAGUCGCUGGCCUUCCUCGGCGCCGCCUACGUCGCCGGCGUCACGCUGCGCCUCCUCGCCUACGUCGCGAUCUGCCUCGGCGGGCCCAAGGACCUCCGCCGGUACGGCGCGUGGGCCGUCAUCACCGGGCCGACGUCCGGCAUCGGCUGCGCCAUGGCGCUGGAGCUCGCGCGCCGCGGCCUCAACCUCGUGCUCGUCGGCCGUGACCCCGCCAGGCUCCGGGAGAUCUCCGGCACGAUCCGCUCCCGCCACGGCCGGGUGCAGACCAAGGCCGUGGUGUUCGACCUGUCCCUCGCCUCGACCCCGGACGGCGACCAGCCGCUGCGGCGGCUGCGGGAGGCCGUGGCGGGGCUGGACGUCGGGGUGGUGGUGAACAACGCCAGCGAGGGGAGGCCCGGCGCGGUGUACCUCCACGAGGCGGACGUGGAGGAGUGGGUGAGGAUGGCGCGGGUGAACGUGUCGGCGGUGACAGAGGUGACGGCGGCGGUGCUGCCCGGGAUGGUGGAGCGGGGCAGGGGCGGCGCCGUCGUCAACCUCGGCUCAGCGGCGUCGGAGGCCAUCCCGUCCUUCCCCCUCUACACCAUGUACGCCUCCACCAAACGGUACGUGGCUCAGUUCUCCCGGAGCCUUCACGUCGAGUAUGCGAACAAAGGGAUCCAUGUGCAAUGCCAGACGCCGUUCUUCGUGGAGACGACGAUGUUGGCGAAGUUGGAGGAGGAGGUGGGGCUUAGCGUGUCGCCGUUGAAGGUGAGCACGGACACCUACGCGCGCGCGGCGGUGGCGUGGAUCGGACGCGGCGGGCCGCUCUGCACGCCGGGUGGACUGCUGCACCAGCUGAUGUGGUGCAUCACCGCCGCCGUGCCGGAGUCCGUCCUCGACUGGAUCGUCCUGCGCUUCACCACCUGGAACAGAGGACGGUAGCUGUUGCAGCCAGCGGAGCAGAGUGUCAAGGACGAGGGGCAUGCAAGUUCAGAGAGCUGUGGUGGCUCGCUAAGUUACCAUCCUGGCCGCUGUCGUUCGAUUACCCUAACGGCGAUCAGCCGUACGUCGUGACCACAAGUCGCGCCCGAUGUGUGUAUCUCGAGCGAGUCAGGGGUGGAGAUUAGGUUUGUAAAAACUAUGUCAAAAUGUAAUUUUACUUUCAAGUAUUGAUAUGGAGUUAUGGACAGUAUGUAAUCAACAACUUAAUUAGCACUAUUUAAUCUAUCGUGAUA